AUGGCACAACCAACAUAUAAGAAAACAUAUGGAGAAUCCUAUUUGGCUGCAUCAUAUGUGAAAUGGAUUGAAUCGGGUGGUGCUCGUGUUGUUCCAAUUCCCUACGAUCUUCCACAGGAAAAAUUAAAUUUAUUAUUUAAUUCUUUGAAUGGAAUUGUUUUUCCAGGAGGUGGAACUUCUUUGAGAUACUCUGAAUAUUACUAUACAUUGAAAUUCUUUUUUGAUAAAGCAAUCGAGGCAAAUAAUAGAGGUGAUUAUUUUCCAAUUUGGGGAACUUGUUUGGGAUUUGAAGCAUUGAAUGUAUUGGCUGCUGAUAAUCCAGAUGUUUUACAUUUUGGAUUUGAUUCAGAGAAUUUAAGUUUGAAUUUACAUUUUGUUAAUGAUUACAAGAAUUCUAGAAUUUUUGGAAAGGCACCACUUUCAGUUAUGCAAAUUUUGGCUGAACAAAACGUAACCAUGAAUAAUCAUAUGGCAGGUAUAACACCUGAAACUUUCAUGAAGAAUGACAGAUUGAAUCAAUUUUACAAAAUGUUAUCUGUUAAUGCUGAUAGAAAAGGACAAGUGUUUGUAUCAACCAUUGAAAGUUUGAAAUAUCCAAUUUAUGGAACUCAAUUCCAUCCUGAAAAGAUUCAAUUUGAAUUCAACUAUGAAGACAUUAAUCACUCAUACGAUAGCGUAUUAGCUAAUCAAUAUUUUGCCAACUUUUUCGUAAAUGAAGCCAGAAAGAAUCAACACAAAUUUAGUUCAUUUGAAGUGGAACAAUCCUAUAGCAUUUACAAUUUCAAUGCCAAAUUUACAUUCCCAGAAAUUAGCAAAGAUUUUGUUCAAAUUUAUUACUUUAAUGCUAGUAGAAUUAAUUUUUGA